UCCGAAGGUCAAGUAUGUUUCCAAGCUUUUGUUUGCACACAAUGGAUGUGUGUGUUUUCCCACAUUCAUGUUCGCCAUGUUAGAUGUUAGAACAGAUGUGCAUAGGCGUAGACGUUAGCAGCAAUGUAACUGCAAAUUAGGUGUAUUUAGAUAGUAUUGUUAACAAGCUUACAGACCUCAACGCCCACGACUAAAACACUUACAAACCAAGGAUAUCGACAUUGAUCAUGGCGGGCGUGAUGUCGAGACAGAACUACGAAUCGUUUCAAAGUGAUACCAAGCCAUUGAAGGUGUCUGUAUGUACGUCUGCUAAUGCGAUCAACGUACAGGGAUUUAUUGAUCAGCUAGCCAGCAAGUUCCCCGACCUAGACUUGGACGUCCAGUACUACGAACUACCAUACAAUGACAUAGAUCAUUUCGAAAUCAAAGGCUCUGAUGUUAACAUCAUGAUACUCUGCCAUUCUAUCAACAACAGAAGGUUUGCCAUCACUGAUGUCUUGGACGCCCUCUACGAUAAAUUCUUACCCAACUCUGCCAAAAUUCUAGGAAAGGCCAGAGUUUGUGUGUUAGUCCACGACUUCCCCUCCAGUAAGGGUCUGGACACACCUGACAAGUACAGAGCAGAGAUGGAGAACUUUGAAAGCAUGCAAGGUACAACGUUUAAGCAGUCUUCUCUUGUCAUGAUGUGCGGUAAGCUGGAUGGACCUGUGGAGAUGCAGGAAACUAACUGGGAAGACCUGAAGAAAUUCCUGGUGAAGGCUGCGAUGACCCCCAUGCCAUCAAAGCCUUGCUUCCAACCACCUUUGGAUUUCUUUCGAAAGCGAUGGCCAGCCAUAAUAGUUGUUUUAGCGAUUGCAGCGGUUGUAGGUGGUCUAGCUGUCGGACUCGGCAAAUCCUCUCCCUCUGCAACUACCACCCCAAGCCUACCAGGAUCGACUCCUACAACUGCUACCACUCCUACAACAAUCUCUCCUAAAGAAACCACUCAGCCCCCUACAACUGUUCCGACCACUGAAACAGACACCCCACCAAACCCUACAACUGUUCCGACCACUGAAACAGACACCCCACCAAACCCUACAGCUGCCAACAACCCAUCCCGUGCUCGUGGCUAAGGAUCCUUUCUCUUUUCUUCUAACAGCUAUCUAUCAUUUUACGCUGCAAUACAAGAAGCCAUUAGUUACAUAUACAUACAAUGAUUUUAAUGAUGGUUUUUAAUCCACAGUACGUAUUUACUGAUUAUAUCAGUCACUAGCUCCAACUGGUAAUAAUAUCAUAUAAAAUAUGUCAGGACUUUUAAAUUAAAACAAAAUGUAUUCCUCAUGUUCACUAUGUUUACAAGAAAAUAUGAUCUACAUUAAUUUAUUUUAGUUAAGCGGAACUGAUAUUCCACGCUCGCCCGUUGUACUGAGGCAGUAUAGGCAUAUACAAUAUUCAAAGCACACCAAUGAUUUUAAAUACCUUUGGGAUAAAUGACUUUUUAUUCAUAAUCAAAGUCACUGGCCCAGGAUACCAAUGUGUGUAUUUUCGUGUUUUUUUUUUUUACUGGGGGUGCUGUAAGCGAAAUUUAAAUUAAAUAGAUAUCCCAAAGGGUGUGAUGAAGACCCUUUUUUAUCGCUAGCCAGACAACGAUUGAGUGAUAAGGUACCCAUCAGAACCCCUAGUGAAAAAUUAUCCCUCAAGUUCCUGUUUCUUUUGCAACAAGUUUGAAACAGAUUUCUUCAAAAAUCGUCAAAUAUGUUAAAUUCAUUUUUAGUCAAAGAAUGCGGUUUGGAAAAUUUGAUAUAUAUUACUGAGGUAAUUUUAAAUCAUUCGCACUAUAUUAAACAAUAUAUAUAGUACGCAAUUGAGAAAACAAAAUGAGGGAAGCAUGGAGUGUAUGGAUCAUGUAUUGGCAAUUACUAUCACAAAGGGUUUCAUCAUCGUUCCAGGUCGCCAUUUCUUUUUCGGGUACGGAGUGGCAAAUGUGGAUUAAUGCCUUGACGAAGGACAUUGGUUCCAUGCCAGUAAAGUCUUUGUAUAUCCAGGCAAUUGCUCAAACCACUCGACUACAACACCUCUUUUUAAGUGAAUAUGAUAUAACCUUUACAUACGUUAUUGACUUGAUACGUAUUAACAUGUUUAUUUUUAGCAAAUCUUUCGGGCAUCUGAGAUUGGAUGGUAUAGUAUAAAGAAUUAAUCAUGUAAUAAUAAUUAAUUCUGUGAUUAGUCCUAUAAGCGACGUUACUGUUUAGUAUUAUCAAAUUUUUUUUUUAAUUUAGGCUUUGUGAAUCUGUACUCGGUGUUUGUAAUGCUUGUUGAUAACUUUUCUAUUGUGACGUAUGUACAUCACCAAAACUAUUAUCUUAACCGUAUAAUGAUAUCACCAGUAUUGAUCUCUGGUAUGUCUACGGUUGUAAUUUGUGCUAUUAUGUUUCUAUACCAAAGCCUAUACCACUCUGUACUCGUGCUCUAUUGUGUGUUGUAUAUAUUCCUGAUUUUGCAUUUUGUAUAAAUUGAUAGUACAUGUUUGUUAAUUGAUAUUAUAUAAAUUGAAAAACAGCCGGAAAAUGAUUUUAUGCCAUGUAAUUGUGCAUGUUCAAUAAAAUUGAACUUGAACUUGAACUUGAACUUACCAUGCUACUCUCUUUA